CCGAUAGUUACGGUAGGUAGCUCGCUUUUGAACGCUUUCUGUCUCGACCGGGCACCGAGGUAGAGGACGUUUGAGUCACUGAGAGGAUCAGCAAAUUGUAUUUUUGGUAUAAAAUCAGACAACAUGUUUUCCCGCAUUGCAAGACCCACACUUUGUAUUGCUAACAGAAGCUUAACCACCUCCUCACAGAACAAUGCGAAGGUGGCAGUGCUGGGUGCGUCCGGCGGUAUUGGCCAGCCUCUCUCACUGCUCCUAAAGAACAGUCCUCUGGUGGGCGAACUGUCUCUCUUUGACAUUGCCCACACACCUGGAGUGGCAGCUGACCUCAGCCACAUCGAGACCAGGGCCCACGUCACAGGUUACAUGGGUCCAGACCAGUUGAACGCUGCACUGAAAGGCUGUGAUGUCGUUGUCAUCCCCGCUGGUGUCCCAAGAAAACCUGGCAUGACCCGUGAUGAUCUGUUCAACACCAAUGCCACCAUCGUGGCCACACUGGCCGACGCCGUCGCCCGCAACUGCCCCGAGGCCAUGAUCUGCAUCAUCGCCAACCCUGUCAACUCCACUAUUCCCAUCACAUCAGAGGUCAUGAAGAAGUAUGGCGUCUACAACCCCAAUAGAGUGUUUGGAGUCACAACAUUGGACAUCGUCAGAGCCAACGCUUUCGUUGCAGAGCUGAAAGGCCUUGACCCAGCACGUGUCAAUGUACCAGUGAUUGGAGGUCAUGCAGGAAAGACUAUUAUUCCUCUCAUCUCACAGGCAACACCCAAAGUGGAGUUCCCAGCCGACCAGUUGUCUGCUCUGACUGCUAGGAUCCAGGAUGCUGGCACUGAGGUUGUGAAGGCCAAGGCUGGAGCAGGCUCUGCUACGCUGUCCAUGGCCUACGCUGGGGCUAGGUUUACCUUCUCUGUCCUGGACGCCAUGAACGGAAAGGAGGGAGUCGUAGAGUGCGCGUAUGUAAGGUCAGAAGAGACCGAAUGCAAAUACUUCUCCACACCUCUCCUCCUUGGGAAACACGGAAUUGAGAAGAACCUUGGACUGGGCAAGCUGUCAGCCUUUGAGGAGAAUCUGGUGGCUGAUGCCAUUGGUGAGCUGAAGGGCUCCAUCAAGAAGGGCGAGGAUUUUGUUGCUAAUAUGAAGUGAGCAGGAUUUGAAACUCUCAACCUGUGGUUAUUUAUAUUGUCCAGUCACAUAAAUGGUGCCAGGCCUCUCCAAAAUCAAAGUUUCAUCAUGCCUGACAAAGCAAUAGUUUGUUACUGAUCAGAAAUAUUUACUCAAACAGUUGAUCUCACCAUCUUGAGCUUGAUCAAUGUAGGUUUGAGAGGUAUCUCUGAGAGAAUCAUGACCGACAGUAUAUUUUGUAUGGCACUUAUGUUUGCAAUUUGGAAUGUCAAAGUAGGCUCCACGUAACUAUGCAUGGAAUUAUUUGAGUAGUAUUUUGUCUUUGCCCAUCAACUCAACUAUUGUGGCUUCUUUCAAAUGUAUAAAGAAAUCUCAACCACCAUU